AUGAGAAAGCUGUACCUGUCUCUAUGGGUUCUUGUGCAGUAUUCUGAUGUCUGUACGCUCUCCUCUCUCUUUCCCCUGGUCCUCUCUCCUCUUCUGAAUUGUCUGAAUGCUAGUUUUGACAGCAAACCUCCCGCUCCAACUAUCUACUGCCUCGAUUUCCCAGACUGCCGGGUUAAUGCCGCUUACCUUCAUGUCACGUUUUCAAAUGUGACUCUGAAUACUAAGUUAUUUUAUUUUUCUUUUCUUUUCCUUCUUUCUUUUUCCAUAAUUUUUAUCCAUAAAACAUUUUUUCUUUUCUUCCGUUAUUUUUUCUACAAAACUUUCUUUUUCCCACAUAUUCCAUUCUUUCAUUUUCCUUAUUUUUAUUCACCAAAUCUUUUCUUUCUUUCUUUAUUUCUUUAUUUAUUUUUUAUUUCUCAUAUAUUCUAUUCUUUAUUCUUGUUUUUAUCACGAACUCUUUUCUUUCUUACUUAUUCCAUUCUUUCUUUAUCCUUAUUUUUAGUCACGAACUCUUUUCUUUCUUACUUAUUCCAUUCUUUCUUUAUCCUUGUUUUUAGUCACGAACUCUUUUCUUUCUUACUUAUUCCAUUCUUUCUUUAUCGUUCUACAGUUUUAUUUUUCUUUACUUCUUUCUAUUUUCUUCGUUUUCCUCCUUCCUUCCUCCUCUCAGUUUCCAUUUUUAUCGUUACUUCUUUUUUAUUAUUUUUCCUCAUCCACAUUUUUCUCUGUCAUCCUUUUUCCCUUUCCUUUAUUUUUACCUUUUUUUGCUUUUCUCUUUCCUUCCUUCUUUUUAUGCCCUUUCUUUUUUUUGCCUUACAUUUCUUCCUUUUUCUCUUUCUUUUUCUUUACUUUUUUAUCUUUCAUUCCUUUUUUUUUUCCUUCUUUUUUUAUAAACUCUCUAUUUUUUGUCCUUUCAUAAUUCUUUCCUUCUAG